GUAGCAAUGACGGUAUGACUGGGUAUUCAGAUGGUUUUGGAGACAUGACUGAGAUUGGCUGCAAAUCUCACACCGUCGAUCUAUUGGUCCUUUUCAGAAUUUCCGAUACCUUCAGCCAACGUUCCUGGACAAGUGGCUCCUGCCUCAUAACCUCGGCUACCAGUUCUGUCCGCGUCCAUGAAGUGUGGGUUUCUGGGCAGUCAAGGCCCGCAAGCCACUUGAUGACCACGAAGAAAUCGUCAUCCUUCAGCUUUCGCGCGCCCCAUCUGUGCACGAGAAAGGAGAUGAUUGGCAGCACCGUGAUACCACGAACCCGAAGAGUGGGCGGCAUUAAGAAAUCGUGGACGGGUAUGCCAUCACGGCCCAAGACUACGCCUCGCUCGAGCCAGAACUUGAUUCCGUCAACAGGGCCGAUCUUCGGUGCAGGGGGGUGCGGAUUCCAGUCCUUCACGUACUCGAGGUAUACAUAGAUGGGCAUGGGCAUAAAGGCCUUAUUCUGGCUACCUCCGGACGCAAAGAUCAUGCCGCGCGCGUUGACAGAGGCACCGCGCUUG